AUGGCCUCAGCAGAAACUCCCGGCGGGGGGUUUAUCCAGAACCCCCUCCUCUCCCCCGCGCCGUCAACAUCAACGGCAACACCAUCCAGUCUGCCCAAACCAAGAGCGCACCCGCUUCGCGCAGGCUCCUUGAAAGAAACGACUGUGAUCAACCACGUUGACAAGGUCCUCCUGAGCGUCAACCGACGACACGCUAAAAAGUUCAGCUCCGCGUUUGACGACCAAAGCCAGCAGGCGUCAGAGCGCGGGUACGAUAGCUUCAAGGAAGUAGCUAAGGAUCUUGAUGGAGUGAUUGAUGUGCUUUGGGUUAGUGGGACUCCUUCAAUACAAAUCCCAUACCUGAUCACCGUGGCCGGACUGAUCAACUCAUACCUCCCCGACUUCCCCCUCAGCCCGGGCUCAACCUUCCGCCUGCUCAGAAAACUCGACUCCGUCUUCGCAUCGCUACUCCUCGGCGAAGACGCAGACACGGGCGAAUCCCUUUCAGGCUUCGAAGGCCGACACAACGUCGUCUCCAUGACGGAGAAAGUCCGCAUCAAAAGUCUGGCUGAGACGUGUCGUGUUGCUGUCGUGGAGGCCAGCGAGCAGGUUGACGAGGAGGCAGAUGAGAGCGCAGAUAGCCUCGAUGGGGGGGAUGAUGAUGACGACGACGACGACGACGACGACUUUGGCACUGGGACGGGGGAGUAUCAGGCUCUAGGAAGGUGGGAUAUGGAGGCUGCUAAGGUUUAUGAGAAGACGAUUCAGUUGCUGGGGGAUGAGCUGGGGAAGGCGGGGGAGUUUGUGGAUAAUCAGAUUGGGUCUGGGGAGGUUUGUUAG